GGCCAUUUCAUUGCUUUGAGUCUGGAUCUGGGAUUUGUAGCGAGAGAGCUGAAUAUAUAUCUUAGAUUGACCUGAUCAUUUAAUUUAGCAGAUGGGGGAGCUUGCAGUUGAUAAGCAUGUUCGGUACAUUAUAUCUGUAGAAAAAAGGAAGGAUAGUUUUGAAUCUGUGGUGAUGGAACAUCUAAGAAUGAAUGGGGCAUAUUGGGGAUUGACUACUCUGGAUCUUCUAGGAAAGCUCAAUGCUGUUGAUGUUGAUGAAGUUAUUUCAUGGAUCAUGAAAUGUCAACACGAGUCUGGUGGCUUUGCUGGUAAUGCUGGGCACGACCCACACAUAUUGUUUACUCUUAGUGCUGUCCAAGUUUUGGCCAUCUUUGACAAGUUAGAUGUUCUUGAUGUUAACAAGGUUGCAAAUUAUAUUUCUGGGCUACAAAAUGAAGAUGGGUCUUUUUCUGGGGACUUGUGGGGUGAGGUGGAUACACGGUUCUCAUAUAUUGCCAUAUGUUGUCUCUCAAUAUUACACUGUCUGGAUAAAAUCAAUGUGGAGAAAGCUGUGAACUACAUUCUAAGCUGCAAAAACCUGGAUGGUGGUUUUGGAUGCACACCUGGUGGGGAAUCUCAUGCAGGGCAAAUUUUCUGUUGUGUUGGUGCACUUGCUCUAACUGGGGCUUUGCAUCACAUCGACAAGGACCUUCUUGGGUGGUGGUUAUGUGAGCGGCAAGUCAAAUCUGGAGGUCUGAAUGGCCGCCCAGAGAAACUUCCUGAUGUUUGCUACUCAUGGUGGGUUCUUUCCAGCUUGAUCAUGAUCAACAGGGUUCACUGGAUCGAUAAAGACAAGCUGGUUAAAUUCAUCUUGGACUGUCAGGACUUGGAGAAUGGUGGAAUUUCAGACAGACCUGAUGAUGCUGUUGAUGUCUUCCACACAUUUUUUGGAGUUGCCGGACUUUCACUUCUUGAGUUUCCGGGAUUGAAAGCAAUUGAUCCAGCUUAUGCAUUGCCAGUCGAUGUUGUAAAUAGGAUUUUCUUCAGCAGGUAAUUGGAUAUUAAUAAUGACAGUGUUCUAUAUAUGCCACCCUUUUUCUAUUGUACUAUGAUGGACCAUAAAAAAGUGUCAAAAUUCUUAAUUUGGUUAUUUUGCUAUUUUAUUUUAGACUCUCUCUGUGUCACGGUUAAGGUCUCCACCAGCAUGGUUUUCUUUAUUGGUUAUACAAGUGGGGAUGGUUCUUUCUUUUUAUCUAAAUUUUCUCUACCUUCCCCAGAUGUAGAAUGUCAGAAUUAGAGAUACCUGCAUAUGUGAAUAUGAUGAUUCUGGAUAAACCAGAAAUACCGACCUAUGUUGAGAGCGCUGUAAAAUUAUCUG